AUGUCGGGUGUUUGGAUGUUCAGAAACGGCGUGGUUCGUCUAGUCGAGAGCCCAGGGACAGAGUCGAACCAAGGGUCACUACAAAGGAGGAAAGUUCUAGUUCACAUUUCCACGGAUGAAGUGAUCACCUCGUACUCGGUUCUGGAGAAGAAGCUAACCUCUCUCGGCUGGGAGCGAUAUUACGAUGAUCCAGACCUUUUCCAAUUCCACAAGAGCUCCACCAUUCACCUCAUCUCUCUUCCUAAAGACUUUUCACGCUUUAAGUCCAUGCACAUGUUCGACAUCGUUGUCAAGAACAAGAAUGUUUUUGAAGUCCGGGACAUAGUUAUGUAAACCACA